AUGUCUUCGCCUGCCAAGAUGAUCCGUCGCAAGAAGAACGUGAAGAAGGGAAUCCAGUUCUGUCUGAUGGUCUGCGGCGCUUCCGGAACUGGCCGGACCACAUUCGUCAACACCCUUUGCAGCAAGGGCGUGCUUUCGCACAAGGAGUCUGACGACCCCAACACUGCUCACGUGGAGGAGGGCGUCAAGAUCAAGCCCAUCACUGUCGAACUAGAGCUGGACGAGGAGGGUACCCGGAUCUCCCUCACCAUUGUUGACACACCCGGUUUUGGCGACCAAAUCGACAACGAGGCCAGCUUUUCUGAAAUCGUCGGCUAUCUCGAGAGGCAAUACGAUGACAUUCUUGCAGAGGAGUCCCGAAUCAAGCGUAACCCGCGUUUCAGAGACAACCGUGUCCACGCGCUCCUCUACUUUAUCACGCCGACCGGUCACGGUCUGCGUGAGCUUGACAUCGAGCUCAUGAAGCGCCUUGCUCCCCGCGUCAAUGUCAUUCCCGUUAUUGGUCGCGCGGAUUCGCUUACACCGGCUGAGCUUGCCGAGUCAAAGAAGCUAGUCAUGGAGGACAUUGAGCACUACCGCAUCCCCGUCUACAACUUCCCCUACGAUAUUGAGGAGGAUGAUGAGGAUACGGUCGAGGAGAACGCCGAGCUGAGAGGCCUCAUGCCGUUCGCUAUCGUCGGAUCAGAGGACAUCAUCGAAAUUGGCGGCCGCAAGGUUCGUGCUCGUCAGUACCCAUGGGGCGUCGUGGAGGUCGACAACCCGCGCCACUCGGACUUCCUGGCCAUCCGCUCGGCUCUGCUGCACAGCCAUCUGGCGGACCUGAAGGAAAUCACACACGACUUCCUCUACGAGAACUACCGUACCGAGAAGCUCAGCAAGAGCGUCGAGGGUGGUGGUGCAGCCGAUUCGUCCAUGAACCCCGAGGAUCUUGCAUCGCAGUCUGUCCGCUUAAAGGAGGAGCAGCUGCGCCGCGAGGAGGAGAAGCUGCGCGAGAUCGAGGUGAAGGUGCAACGCGAAAUCAACGAGAAGCGCCAAGAGCUUCUGGCUCGCGAGUCCCAGCUUCGCGAGAUCGAGGCCCGCAUGCAGCGGGAGUCCGGCGGUCAGAUGGACUCCAAUGGCGAUCACGAAGGCAACUAG